GCAAUGUGGUCUAUCGGUUUCCAUCACUGAGUUGAGCUCGGUGGACGCCACGUCAGACAGUGUCUUUCCUUACGUCUGAAAUUGGUGCUAGCUAAAAAUAGGUGGUUAUCUGAGCACAGUUGUAGUAGGCGAUCACCGUUAUCUGUUCGUUCAGCCGGAAUUCCGAAAGUGCCACCUAAGUGCCUUUCUGCCUCACUCAGUCUACCCACCUGAGCAUUGAAGUCACCUGCAACAACCACCAUGUCCGAACGUUUGACUUUCGAGAGGAGGCUAGACAGUUUACGGUAGAACUCGUCUUUCACUUCAUCUGAACUGCAGUCAGUGGGUGUGUAAGCAGAGAUUACAAAGAGACAACGGCGAGUCUCACUAUUCCUUUUAGUUCUCACUGUGCCAUUCACCCAACAGGACUGUGUGAUCUACGUAUUCUCUGCGUCUACAAUUUCUGGAGGAUCGGCAGCCAGCCUUAAAUCUAGCUUGGAUUACUAUUUAGCCGCAAUGUUUUUAUUCUAUUAUUAUUUGUCCCUUGGGUUCCUAGUGGGAUAUAGGGCUUCAGUAGCACGUCACCAUUUCACUCUCCUUUGUCCAGUUUUUGAACCUCGCUCCACCACUGCCUAGAAGCUUUCACUUCUUUCUCGCACGAUCUCCUCCAUGUUACCUUCAGACACCCAACUCGUCGUUCCCCCUUUGCGUUCCACUUGACGGCUUGGUCUGGCGCAUGAUGUCCGCGAACGGUCUUCUCAGUGUACGCCCAAUCCAAUCCAUCUCCACUUCUUCUGCAUAUCCGUUGGACGAUAGGUUCUUGGUUGGGUCGUUGCCAGACCAGAGUUCCUUGUUGCUUAUUCUUCCUGGCCAUCUGAUCUUUAGUAUCGAGCAUAGGCAGCUGUUGAUGUAUGUCUGAAGUUUUCUGGAAAUGCUUUUCGUAACGUGAUAAAUCUCUAAACCAUAUAAAAGCACUGACUUGACUGACUUAGUGCUGAAAAUCGGGAUCUUGUUCACGCUUUAUGCCGAGUGCAGUGCAUUAGAUCUCCACACUGAUUGCAGAUUAAUGAAGGCCUGUUUUGCUAUCUUUCCGAUCCUGGCUUUGGCAUACUCAUCUGUGCCGCCACCUGCAGUUGAGACGAUGCUGCCUAGAUAAGUAGGUGAGAGAGACAACUUCCUUUAGAUUUCUUUCAUCGAUGGUGAUUGGUGCUUGUUGUUGAUACUAUUGUUGGUUGGGUAUCUUCAUCACCUCUGUCUUCUCUAGGCAGCAACCUCGUCUUACCUGUCAACCUGUCUUCACUUCGAAGGCAUCACUGAGCUUUCCAUUGUGAAUCAGUUGGCAUAUAGUGUCGUCAUAUAGUUGUUGAAUGAGGUUAAUAAAGUUUUGUGGCACUAAAACCGUAGUGUUGAAGCAGUUUUUAUAUCACCCCACCUAUUAGAAUUUUGAUGUCGCCAUCUGGGGUGGGUUCUUGUCUAUUACUGAUUGCAGUUGUCUAUAGAAUUCCUUCUUCUCUUGGUGUCUGCAUUAUUUGUAGGUGUGUAGCGUAGGAUUUGUAUGACUGUGACUUUCCUUCCUUUUGAUUUGAAUCUUGCUGUCAUGAUCCUGAUGCUGGAGGAGAUUGGUUCCCACUGCAUGACAGCUUUCGAUACUGCUGGGGAUAUCAUGAUAGCCACUCCAAAACUCAGUGUCCUCGUGGUUGUCGUCUGGGUGACAAUAUUGGAGUAGAUUAUUGACUCUGCAGCUGACAGUUUGGAGAUUCCACUUCCAUUCCAUCUGGUUUCGCAGAUUCCUAGUACUUCUAUGCUAUACCUUGUCAUCUCUUUUGCAAUCUGGGCAACCUUGCUAGGUUCAAACAUAGUGCGAACAUUCCAUGUCCCUAUGCUUACUUUCGCUUACAUCGAGAGAAGAGAAGACACAUCGGCCAAUCGGCUUCCCGAAGGCUUUCACCAACUGGCGUCAUUUCGUCUCCGAUUCCAACAAGGAAUAAGUUUAUUUUUAUUUUUUAUAAUUUUUGUGCUUUGAAGUUUAUUUAGCGAUUGAAUUGGUUUUACGGGGUAGUGUUGCUAGCCCAGCGUUUCCUCUUUAUCCAGGCUUAGGAUCAGCUAGUGAACUAGGCGAGGUAAGCCGCAAUGUUAGGUACAACUAAUUUGCUUGCAUCGAUCUGUUUAGGAUAACGGUUUUGAUGACGAGCUUAGAACACACUAAAGCAUGAUCGGAGUCCAGACAAGUACUCUAUAUGGAGCGGCAGUCCUGUAUGUACCUACGCCAUAGGUAGCUCAUUGCAGAGGGAGGACGCCAAGUAGCACAAGGGUGAUGGCAGUUUCGGAAGUUGGUACGGUUAGAAAUAAGUUGUGAUCUACAAAAAGCUGCAGAUGAUCCCCAUUAUGUGACUUGCGACCAACUAGUCCCCACUUGCCACCUAAGCGACUCUCCUCUGAGCCUAGAGGCCCGACCUUCACAUCCAAGUUUCCAGUUAGCACUACGAUAUUUGUCGAGCGCAAUUGGUUGAAUAGGUCACUCAGUUGAUGAUAGAAUUCAUCCUUGGUUGCAUUCGGACUAUAAUCCGUCGGAGCAUAGCCAGAGAUAACAGAGAUUGUUCCUCUUGCCGGUUACUUCUUACUCUAGGUGAAUUUCCCAACCUAGUAGCAGACGAAUGACUGUCGAUGGAGAUCCAGUGGAGUAGUGCAGAUUCGGUUCGACCGCUUAGUGCCACACCAAUACCAGCGAGGUCGGCUGCCAAUACCACAGGGUCCCCGGAUAAGCACACAUAAAGCAUACUUUUAGAGCUGACGGAUAGGGAACUUAUUCGAAGCACAUCACCGGAGUCCUUUGGAUGCACCUUUCAUACAUACAUAGCAAGGCUUUCGAGAGUCCUGGCCAAACCUGCUUGUCAUCCGAUCUGCAUCAAGGUGCGAACGUUAAAGGUGGCUAGCUUAAAUGGUACGCUUGGUUUCAGAAUAGCUGUGUCAUCGCGUUGGAAGUCAGCCUUUAUGGGAGGUACUUGCUAGCGACUCAAAAUGGUACAGACAGACCAGAAGUAUAAGUAAUGGAGAGCAGCUGAGUGAAGCGAAGAUAAAGACAGAAGCGAAAAUGGUGGAAAAAUACCGGUCAUGUGUAACAAUAACAAAAACAUCAUAUUGAGUAGUCGGUUAAAAAGUUUGCAGUUUGGAGAGCUUCAGUAUUGACUAAUAGCUUCAAAAUCUUUAUAUUGUGAGAUCAUAGUUAAUUUCUUGUUUGAGGGCUGGGAUACUGCCCGAACGCUCAGACUGAAGCAGGUGGUUGCCUUAGUGGACCACGUCCCCGGUUUUUUUUGACAAAGUCUAAUCCACUAGGCAUUGGAGCAACAUAAUGAGCUGCAUUCCUGUGGUUGCCGGUGACCAAAAUAGGUUCGUACUCCAUUCGUUCCAUCUGAAACCUGGAGCUCAUGAGCACCAUUGGCUUGGAAUCAGGGCAUUCCAACUCCCCUAGGUAGACUCUCAGUAUCCAUCAACCCGGUGAUCAGCGCCAAACAUGCAUAUGCGUCCUUUCACAUCUAUGAAAACACCCACGCUACGUGAAGACAGUGAAUAUGACUCCUCUGGCAGGGGCUGUAAACGCAUACUAGGGCAUUUGGGGCAAAUAGUGUAAGGAAACACAUUUAGCCACCUUGUGCACAUACGUGCAGUAGACGAUAUAAACCACACCUACUGUGUGAGGGCUAGUGAUACUACCUGGCUUCCCAAACCUCGAUAUAUGAAGCGAGGCUCAUACCUGACACCAUGUGGUUGCUGGUCAUCUCCUUAAACCACUGCUCCACAGCUUCAAACCACUGUGGUCUGGGGAUUUCACCACAACAGCAUUGUUUUCAGUUCGUACAGGUCGUUCUGAAUUUUUGGACUAUUCGUUUGCUGUAGUACUGAUAACAUGAACAGUACCACACGGCUUUAGAUACCUUUAUUUUAUUGAUGAAAAUAUUACUCUUCGCCUGGUGAUUAAUGUUUGCGUUAUUGUAGACUGAUCCAUCGGUAUUCCGUAACAAUUGGGUUAUCCAGAUGAUUAUGAGAAUUUAAUCACCCAUGCAUAUCCGAAAACAGGUUUCUCAUGACUUUGUCCUCUCUUUCAAAAUCUAAGUAGAUAGACAAUGAGUAACCCUUUUGCAAAUACAUCUGUUGUUUUUAUCUUCAAACUUACCCUAAAAUUUCCACGUUUUUAAAAUUUAUAAACAGUUAAUGAGACUGAACUAUAUGCAGUAUUUGUUGAACCAUACCACGCUACCUAGUUAUCCCAUUCUCAGUAAAUGAAAUCAGCUUCGAAUCCAUAAUCCAUUGGAUGAAAGUCGAGCACCCAAGUCAAUGAAUCACAACUCCGCAUUCAGGAAAAGUGAGUUAUAGGUUCAAGGGACUACUUUUAUGUAUUUCUCUUUCACAAUGCCACUUUCUCGUAUCCAAGAUCAACUGAUCGACAAAUGCCUAGUCCCAUAAAACUAGGGAAUGGGAAAGUAAGAUGAGCUUGAAAAUGUCAGAAAACAUCUUAUCUUGAACUGCGUAAAGACUUUUGUAGGUGUCAAGUGAUCGUCUAACCAACAUAGAUAGAUCAAGGUCCAUGUCUACACUUGUGCAUUUGUCACUUUCGAGGGCAAUAGCAUCUUAGUCUUCAGUUAAUUGAUCUGCGAUCCUGUCGGGGACCUGUUUCCAUUUGUGGAAGAUCAAUGGUUGGGACCAAGUGGAAAUGAGAUAAUGCUUGCGUUUAACCAACCACUUACUUCUGCGUGGACAACCGUGUAUUAUCGUAAGUCUUAGUACUAGACUAAGUUUCAUUACUGUUUAUUUUAUUAACCACCCAAGAGUGUAUUCGUUCGUACAGCUGGUGCAAACCCGAUAUUCCUGAGAACCUUCUGAGACAAGCGUUCGAAACCUGCUGCCUUACUUUUGAAUGUGCUUGUGUGGUCAAGGAUGAGAAAUCCCGUCCCGGAUUUGGAAGUGCUGGCACAUAAAAAUGCGUUUCCCACCGCUUCUGAAGUUUCGUUCAUUACUUAGAGAAGCAAGGGGUGCUACAAGUGGGCAACAACUAAGAUGCUUUAUACUAGUCCGAAUGGGUGGGGGUGGAGAGUUCGGGCCUAGGUCCUUCACUUUCAAUCAAUAUUGUGUAUAGCAGCCAGUAGAUUAAUCCUAUCAUGUUCAAUAUAAAAACGGGCAUCUGUGUAUUAACGGAAACAGUAUCGGUUCAUAUGAAACCCUUCGCCUGAUGUAGGACUCAUACUCUUUCAGUGUACAGCCGAUUUCAGCACCGACUUAUGGUCAUGUUUUUGAUUCUCUCAGCAAACUAUUUUCUUCAGAAGCCUUUAUCCAUCUUACUAGGUUCACUGUACUUUUCAUGUUUGUAGGUUACAUUCACCGAAGACUAUUGCCUUAAUCUGCUGCAGAAAGCCUGUUAAGGACUUUAUAUGGGUCGUCGCCGGAGCAGUAAUAAACCACCACCAAAACGAAAAGCUAUUGUACCACUGGAUAAAGUAUUUAACUGUCCAUUCUGUAACCAUGGUCGAUCUUGUGAAGUUGUUUUACAGCGUGAUAAUAAUAUCGGCUAUAUCAAGUGUAAUAUAUGUUUAGAAGACUUCCAAACUAAAAUUAAUUAUCUCAGUCAAGAAAUUGAUGUAUACAAUGAUUGGAUUGAUGCUUGUGAAGAAGCAAAUACCUAAUAAUUAUACACUUAUUGUCAUACGUUUCGUUUCGUCCGAAUUGAGUGUCAUCUGUAACCUAGUUUGACGACGGAGAUUAUUGUAUAACAAGAAAUUCGAAGUCAAUAGAGCGUGAUGACCUGUUUAUUUUGGGUACUUUUGCGAAUGUGACUCGCUGUUUUUAGUAUUUAGAAAUGUACAUAACUUUGGUCGAUGUAUAAAUAAAACUGUAUAUUGUUUUCCUAC